AUGGGCCAGCCAGAAUCGCACCUGCGAGUUAUCGACGUUGAUAAGGCUCUGUGUCGAAAACUGCUCGAUACAGAACAGUCAAUCCCUAGAGACUCUAUGUUUGAAGAUGAUCUGUUUGAAUCGACCUGUGAAGAUAUAGCAAACCGGAAUGAGGCUAGAGUAAUUCAGGACAUUGGCCGUUUGAUCGUUCCUGCUCCAGAAGAAUUGGCUCGUCGUGGUGCUACACACCUCAAGCACUUGAUCCAAAAUGUCGAUGAAAGCUGGAUCAAAUCUAUCCCUCUUGUGAACGGUCCACGCCCGCAACCCGACUUCUCCGUGGGAUUCAAACCGUCCGCAUUUACCGCGGACCAACUCAAGAAGCUCAAUCCUUAUGUUGGCGACUGGCAGACUACAUCUCGCAUUGUGGCCACCGACGAGAUGUAUUUUCCGUUCCUCACUUCGGAGGUGAAAUGCGGCAACGAGGCUCUCAACAUCGCCGAUCGGCAAAACGCCCAUAGUGCCAGCGUUGCAGCGAACGCCGUGGUCGAGAUAUACAGAACGGUGUCGCGUCAAGACGAACUCCACGGAAAGAUUCUUACCUUCUCGGUCUCGCAUGACCAUCGGGCUGUAAGGAUCUAUGGUCAUUACGUCCUAAUUAACGGAAAAGAUACCUCCUUCUACCGCCAUUUAAUCCGAGAAUUCAGUAUUACUGACCAAGACGGCAAAGAGAAGUGGACUACCUACACGUUCACACUGAACGUUUACGACGAAUUUCGUGGAAUCCACCACGAUAGAAUUACUUCCGCAGCUGAUCAGCUUCCCGACCCAGAAGUCUUCCUCGUUGAGCCCUUCUCCUAA